AUGUGGACUGGAAAGAAAUCCGUACGGCGGAGAUCGUCCAAUAAACGAGCUCCAUCCCCAGGAAACAAGGAACCAGGAACAAGUAAGGAACGAAGUCUCAGCAAGGAAACCAACAAAUCGCCCAGUUCAUUAAAGUUUAAGCUUCGAUUAGGAAAAGGGUAAAUUGCCUUGUAUUACUUACAUCAUUUCCGCAGUCUAAUUUUAGCCUACGGUAGCCAUAACUUUAUGUUUCAGAAGUCGCCGGAAAGCGAAUCCCACAGAUGUCACACAAGAAAAACCAGAAAAGACCCAAGACAAGCAGCCAGACAAGACACAAGACAAGCAGCCAGAUAAGACACAAGACAGGCCACAAGAAGAGACGAUGGAAGAGACAAAAGAAACCAAAGAGACGAAGGAAGCAAAAGAAGCAAAAGAAACAAAGGAAGCAGAUGAGACCAAGGAUGUCAAGACAAUUCGCGGAGUCGACCUUUCCAGAUACAACAAGCUGCUGCAGGAAGAACAGGCAAAAAUUGCGGACAAGGAGUAUUAUCAUGGGCUGAUGCCUCGGGAAGAGGUGGAAGAUAUGGUGCAGGGAGAAGGAGAGUACCUGGUUCGUCUAACGGACACCGACAAGGGGACUCUGCAUCGCCUCGUCAUCACGGCAAGAGGAAACAAUAAGGUCAAGCAUAUCAUCCUCAACCUGAACAAGGAGGAUGCAUGGUACGCUAGCAAUGACAGAUCUUUCGAUUCUGUAGACCGAUUAGUCACAUAUUAUACGGUAAACAAACUGUUUCUUGACCGUAAUAAUAACUUUGUAGAAAAAUGCGCUACAUGUCGAAAACAUAAGGUUGCUUCACGUCGUCAAAAGGCCCGAAUGGUAAGACCAAUUCCUAACAUCCCACUGCUCCAUCCAGGUAUCUGCUACAUGAGAACGUCAAGCUGAAGAAAACCUUGGGUUCCGGAGCAUUUGGAGAAGUCUGCUUGGGAGAGUUGAUGGUAAAGGGGAAGAAGAUCGAAGUGGCAGUGAAAAAACUCAAAGGGCAGAAGCUGGGAAAGGCGGAGAGGGCUCAAUUCCUGAAGGAAGCCUCGCUGAACAGAGUUUUCAAACAUCCGAAUGUCGUCGCUUUGCUGGGCGUCGCCUCUCAGAAAGAGCCCAUCAUGGUGGUCCUCGAAUUCUGUCCUGGAGGUCAACUCAAGAGUCAUGUGGCCAAGAAAACGGAUUUAAAAGUUAUGCAACUCACAAAGUAAGUCAAAGGAAUAAUAAAAUUAUGAUUAGAUACCUGCUGGAUGCCGCCCAAGGAAUGGAAUACUUGUCGGAUUUGAAUGUGAUUCAUCGAGAUCUUGCCGCACGAAACUGCCUUCUGAAUGGGGAUUACGUUUGCAAAAUCUCCGACUUUGGACUUUCUUGCACCACGAACGAAGCCAAGGAGAAAAAGUAAGAUAAUUCAAGUUCCAAAGAGAAAAAGUAGAAAAAUUCAUGUUCUAAACAGCCAUCUUCAGGAAACAACGAAUGCCCGUGCGUUGGCUGGCCCCGGAAGUCUUCCGAGUUUACGAGUUCACUGCAAAAACAGAUGUCUGGUCCUACGGAAUUAUGAUGUGGGAGGUCUACUCCAGAUGUCAAACAGAUCCCUACCCUAAUAUGCAGAAUGCGGAGGUCAAGAAGAUGAUCCUCGAGGAUGACAAAAGGAUGGAUAUCCCCCCAGAAACACCACCCGAAUCUGCUGAAAUCAUGAAGGAGUGCUGGGCUACGGCUCCCGAGCAACGUCCAACCUUCCGCGCCAUUGUCCUCGGACUGAGACGUGCUUUCCCCGAUUUAUACUGA